AUGCGCAAAGCAAAUGCUAUAAAAACAACGAAAUUAUAUUUUACAAUUUUGCUAGCAAUGCAGUCUGUACUUACUCGCGACGUAGCUGCAACAAGAGAUCUCGAGAUACCCACAUAUAGUGAGCAUUACACCUCAGACUAUCUGUUCUCCAAGCAACAGGCAUUUGUUCAGCAGGCUCAACAAGAGAAUAACGACUCAGGCUAUUCUGAGAAUGAGGAAGAAAGAAGUGAUGAUUUAAUGAAAAUUGAUAGGACCCAGGCAGAUAUCGAGCAAAAUUCAGAAGAAUUCGCACAACCAGAUCGAACCAAUACUUAUCAAAGAUACGGCGGUGAGCAUCCGAUUAAAAGGCCUGUCUCUUCCGUGAUAUUUGACUUUUCUUCUCUAGUACCAUACUUACUUAUUGUAUUGGGUGUCGUAGCCAGGUUUGAUACAAUAGACAUUCCUGACUUGGCAAAAAACCCGUUUUUGAUUGUUUCCUUUUAUAUGCUUGUUUCGAGCUGCUUGGCAACGCUUCUGCCACCUCUGAAAAGAAUUCAUGGUAUUUUUCUUCCUGUAUACAUCAACUUCUCAAUUCUCGCAAUCGGAUACUCCAUGUUCUACUUUCUUGUGCACAAUAUUAAUGCUUUUCUUUCCGAUCUUCAGUCUGAAAAAUAUAUGGACCAGUUUUCCAAGUUCCUUGGCUACUUCAAUACUUCUGAUAAAGAUGCAAUAUUACACUCUACCCACGAAGCCCUGGAAAAUAUAAAGAGCAUUACUGAAUCAAUAUAUUUCCAGAUAGGAAUAAUUGUUCUAAUUGCCAUUUUUACUUUCUUUACACUUUGCUAUUUUCUUUCGUUUAGAUUUUCAUUAGAAAAACUGUCCCUAGUUCAGAUACCCUUACUAUUGGGUCUGUCAGUAUAUUACACAUAUGAAAUUUCAAAGCUGAUUUCACAAUGCGAUUCAUGGUAUUGUCUUCCAUUCAAGGCUCUGAGGAAUGUCAACUCUUUGAUUAAUAAUUCAUGGUUAAGCAGGUUUGUUAAUGAAACUGUGAAAAUGGCAUGCGAAUAUGUAUUCUGGUGGAUGCCCUUUCUUACCGUUCUCGUGGGGGUCUUGUGGAUUGUAUUUAUGAUUGAUAUGGCUAUAUGGAACACGGUAGGCGACCGUUUUUCAACGAAUUCCGAUUAUUUUGGCAUGGAGACAAUGAUGCUAAGAAAUGAUUUUAAGUUUGCUGGCCUCCAAGACAGCAAGUAUGGUAGCAACGAAAGUUUUAUUCCCAUUGAGAAUGAACCAAUGGAUAAGUAUUGA